GGUUGGUUUCCUAACACGCAUCGCCUUCUCUCUCUCUCUCUCCGAUGUAAACUAAUCCGAUAUUCGGACGUUUAAGUAUACGCCUCGCCAUUGCAUGAUCACAUCCCGCUCCGAUCACCGGCCCCUGAAAGCCAGAGAAGACUCCAUGGCCAAGGCCAAGAUCUCGCUAGUGCUCAGGCUGCUGGCUGUGGGCUCUACAGCUGCGGCUAUCGGGAUCAUGGUCACCAGCCAUGCGACUGCCAAGGUUCUCAACCUGAGCUUCGAUGCCAGAUACAACAACACACCGGCGUUCGUGUACUUUGUGGUCGCGGAGGCUGUCGCCGGUGGGUACAGCUUGGUCUCUCUGUUUCUGUCUUCCAAAAGCUUGUUCUGGCGUGCUGUGAUGAUGAUGGAUGUGGUCAUUGCAAUGCUCCCGAGCUCCAGCAUUUUCGCUACAGUGGCGAUAGGCCGGGUGGGCAAGAAAGGGAACAACCACGCCGGUUGGUUACCGAUUUGCGGCCAAGUCCCCAAGUUCUGCGACCGGGUGAUCGGCGCUCUCAUCGUCGGCUUCGUCGCGGCGGCGAUUUACCUGGUCCUCCUCUUAUGCUCCCUCCACUCUCUCUUCGCCCUCAAACCCUAGGCUCUCCUGAUAUCAACUACUAGCAAAGUGAAUUUUUGGCAUUACCAAUAUUAUUUGUACUUCCCUUCCAAUGCCACCUUGCGGGGGGGCAUGUAACAUAUACAAGCGAGGAUCAGUUACAUUGUAUGCA